AGCGUCCGCGUGGGCCACGAGGGCUGGUGCGGAGAUGCCGCAGCUAUUGAGAGGGGGUCGCUGGCGUGCGGUGUUGGCGCGGGCCCGCCGCGCAGUGCUCUUUGCAGGGCCCCGUGGGGCUUCGGGCGGCCCGGGUUGCGCUCGGGACGCCACCUCCGGAGCCGGCGAGCUGCGGGGCGAGCUUGACAGAUUCGGGGGCGUCUCCGUGCGCCUGGCGCGGCUGGACGCAAUGCACCGCUUGGACCCGGUCGCCUUCCAGAGGGCUUUGCAGGCUGCAAUACAGAAAUGGAGAUCCGAAGGUAGAGUAGCAGUAUGGCUGCACAUUCCCAUCCUCCAAAGUCGAUUUAUUGCUCCUGCCGCUUCCCUGGGCUUCUGCUUUCACCACGCAGAAUCGGACUCAUCCACGCUGUCUCUGUGGCUGGGAGAGGGGCCCAGCAGAUUACCAGGAUAUGCUACACAUCAAGUGGGAGUUGCAGGAGCUGUAUUUGAUGAAAAUACUAGAAAAAUAUUGGUUGUACAAGAUCGAAAUAAAUUGAAAAAUAUGUGGAAGUUUCCAGGAGGCCUGUCAGAGCCUGGAGAAGAUAUUGGAGAUACAGCAGUUCGAGAAGUUUUUGAAGAGACCGGUAUAAAGUCAGAAUUCAGGUCCCUCCUGAGUAUUCGGCAACAGCACACCCAUCCUGGAGCUUUUGGAAAGUCAGAUAUGUAUAUUAUCUGCCGCCUAAAGCCAUAUUCAUUCACCAUAAAUUUUUGCCAGCAUGAAUGCUUAAGGUGUGAGUGGAUGGAUCUCAGUGACCUAGUCAAGACUGAAAAUACAACUCCGAUCACCAGCAGAGUUGCUAGGCUGCUGCUGUAUGGAUACAGAGAAGGGUUUGACAAGAUUGAUCUGACCAUGGAAGAACUUCCAGCAGUUUACACAGGCUUGUUCUAUAAAAUCUAUCACAAGGAACUGCCAGACAGUUAUAAAACUAUGACAGGCAUGGAUUAAAUUUAUAUUUACAUGAUUUUAAAAUGUUUUAAGUAAAUUGUACCUGUAGAUUAAUGUGUGCCGUAUUAUAAGAAGUAGUGGACAUUUGGGUUAACUAAAUAUCUGACUUAAAUUUUCUAAUGUCUGUGAUUUCCAUGAAGAAAACUUGUUUGUACGUAUGCAUAUUUUAAAAGCCUCUUUUCAAAUGAAGCAAAUGUAUGAAAAAGAUUGUAGCUGUAAGUAAGCUUCACUGGAUAAAGGCAAAUUCUAUAUAAAAAGUGGAAGUCUAUGCAUUUUCCAGGAAUUUUUGUUGUUGUUGUUUUACUAAGGCAAUGGUUAAAUAUUUUACUGUUAGAUAAAAGGUUAUCUGACCAGUUACGUAAACUGAGCAGAUAGCUGUAUACAUUUUCCUUUUCCUUUCAUCAACAAAUUUCUAAAAUAUACCUCUUCUUUCAUGAGGUAUAUGAAAUGAGAUCAGAUGCUGCCAUUAAGAUCAGCUCUUAGCAGACAUUGGAAGAAAAAGUAUAGCUUUCUGCCCAGGUCCUGUUUUGGGUCCAAGUUUAUACUGCCCAGUUCGCUUCAGUGCCACAUACCAACUGGAGUAUUUCCUUGACCGGUAAGUAUUGUAGUUAUUAGAUUCCAAUCGUUCAAAAAAGAAACACUCGUCUGUAACACAUUUCUGAAAAACAAAGGAAAAAUUAGUAGUUGUUGUCAUACUUUUCAGGUUAAAUAUUUAAUGACAGUACACAGUGCUUUGGGUUCAACAGGACGAUCAAACUAGUGAGACUCAACAGGCCAAAAUCUGACACAAUCUGAGUCUGCAGAAAGACACAGGACAGGAACACAGCGUAUCAGCAGGACAGUUUCAAGCACAUUUCUUCGGAGGAGCAGUCCAAGGACCAUUCUCCAGCCCCACGAUGGACAGGUCAGGUGCUAGGCAGCAGGAGCACACAGGUGGUGUAGGAACCACACUGGCUCAGACUUGAAACAUCCCAUGAACAUAGAUUUCAGUGGUCUCCAAAAGGGACAUACAUCCAGUAACAAGAAAGACCUAAAAGUGAUUAAUAGCUCCUGUAGUCGGCUUCUAGAGAUAAGAAUUUUACUGGAUAUUUACUUGGCUUUAAUGUUUUGACUACUGUUAACUGAAGUUUUAAAAACUGAAAUGCAAACUUAUCUAGUUUGCUCUUUUUUUUUUUUUUUGUAACUUACUAAGAAAGUAACUUAAGUGCAAAUAAAUCACAGGUAGCCUUACAAAGAAGCAUACAUUGCACGAGGACCCAGCUAUACGAUACCCAGGACUGUCUCAUGAGUUUCAAAGAGAUUCAAAUGUAAUAACAGUGGCACGGAUACUCUGUAGCCAAUACUUGCUACCUUUGGUGAAAUUAUUGUGCUUCCUUUGUUAACUGAAGUUAACCUGUUUUACUUUAUCUUGUCACUUUUUAGUGCCACCAAUAAAAAUCUUCCUCUUUCUCUAUUCCAGGUUUAAGGUCAGGAGUCGAAAAGUAAAGAGUGAAAGGAAAAGGCAUGUAAUCAUAAAGAUAACAUGAAAGGUCAGCACUGAGCUUCAUGGGCUAAUUUCCCAGAAAUAGACCUAAACCACAUCAGUCAGUUAUCCUCAGGACGUUGAUAUGCUCAUUUUUUGGUGUUCAGUCAGCCUACAGGGUGCCCCACCUUGCUAGUUAGCACUCCCUAUAAUGCUUGGCCACCUGGGAUACAUACCAUGCCAGUAAUAUUUGCCUUCUCAGCCAGUUGCUAGUAUUUUAGAGAAAAGAAAUAGUACCAGGGAUUAAGUGGAUAAUAUUGAUACAUUAUGGAAACCACAGUUUGUUUGUUUUUUUAAAAAAACAGAGGUUACUUGUACCUUUUUACACAGAGGGGAGAGAAGGAAAUUGUGCCUCUGUGCUGAACAUUCAGACAUGUAAGUUUACUAAACAGCUAAUGUGCACUUGAAAACAAACUGCACUUUUUUAAUGGGUAGUAGAGCCAAAAUUCAGUCUCAAUAAAAGCAUGCAUCUAACAUCCCAUUUUAAGCAAUUUUCAGUUCUCUCCAUCCUAAGUUUACAAAUCAUCUUCAUUGGUUGUGAUGUCAAUAAUCCUGUUAAAAACUGAUGCAGUGUAAUUUUUUUAACCUUUAUAAACAUAUUCACAGAGCUUUUUUCCUAUACUCAAUGUUUAACUGCUCACUUAAGAGAAAAGGAGAUCUUCAGAGGACAUCACAGAGGAAGUGGGCGCUGGGAUACAUCAGUGAACAAAACUGAACAAAGAUCCCUGCCUUUGUGCUGGUCCGAUUCUCACUGGGGGAGACACAAAAUAAGCAUUGUCUCUUCCCAUUGUCACCUGAGUGAGGUCCCUGCUGACAUCCCCAGCUACAGUGUCUUUCAUCAUCAGUGAUUCGUCUCAACCUGUUAAACAGUGGAACAGAUGCUAUUAAUAGCCAAGGGUCAAGACUUUUAAUUUCUUGCCUGAAAGUUGCUAUUGUUGACAGCUCAGUGCCUAUGGAUCUGACUCAGAGGAAAAUAUGCCACCUCCUGAAUCAACACCACCUCCUUGGUUUGGGGGUAAGUGUCCCUUAUUUCAGGGAUACUUACUUUUUCAUCUGAAAAUUGACACAGCCCACCCAGACUAAUCUGAAAAAGGAUUGCUGCUGAAGAGGCAAGGCAGCGAGCCACACAAAUUGAAUGGUAAGACUAGAGAUUGACUCAUGACCUUGGCAUGGAAUAGAUCCAGUGACAGGAGCUGGAACAACUGGAUCUUGGCUGGUGCCUCUCCUCAAAGAAACCUGAUAAAUCCUGAAUAUUCCAUUUAUGUGUAACAGCUGUGGCAGUGUCCCUGCAGAGUUUGUGAUAAAUUUCUGAGCAUUGCUAAAUUAACUCUUACUGUACCAGCUUGAAGGAAAUCUGUUGUAUCUGGAAGAAUUAACACACAUCCAAGGGGACAGAAAUAUAUUUAAGACUAAACAGAAUGCUGUGACCUUAAUCUUGUGAAAGGUCCUGCUUAGCUAAGGAAGAAAUUAGAAAACACUUUUAUUUUAUUGUUUUAUUUGUUUAUUUUAUGCUUCUGAUGGUACAGAAUCAACAGUUUGGGAAGCUUAAUGCCUAUGUGCAAAGAGAAGAGGUCAGAAUUCUCUGAAUUCUGACUUGUAGAGAAUUCUCUAAGAAUGUGAAGACAGCUCAGGUUUUAGGUCUAGUGUCUUAAACUGUCUCCUCUUUUACAGACUCCAGUAGUUUCAAAGACUCACUGUAGAGUAACUUCUCAACCUAAAUGUCCAUUGACAUUUAUUUACAAAACAGAAACAGACUUACAGACAUAGAAAACAAACUUAUGGUUACCAAAGGGGGAAGAGCGGGGAGGGAUAAAUUAGGAGUUUGGAAUUAGCAGAUACAAACUACUAUGUAUAAAAUAAACAACAAGUCCUAGUGUAUAUAUCACAAGGAACUAUAUUCAAUAUCUCGUAUAACCUAUAAUGGAAAAGAAUAUGAAAUAUAUAUAUAUAUAUAUUUAAAAUUGAAUCACUUUGCUCUACACCAGAAACUAACUCAACAUAGUAAAUCAACUAUACUUCAAUUUUUAAAAAAAAAAAUGUAAUAAAUAAGGUAGCUUCUGUUUUCAUCACUUUUGACAAUUAUUUUUAUCAUUACAGAUGAACCUGUGUUCUCAAGAUAAAUAACCCCUCCAAUGACUAUCUUACAGGGCCACCAUGAUUACCAGAUUACUGGAUCUUCUAAUCUCUUUAAGUGGAAAACCACAGGGUAACAAUCUGAAGUCACAAGACAGACAUAGCAAAGUCUAGAGCUUUAAAACCAUUUUGACUAGUGCCAAUUUGACUAGCGUUGUCCAUAGUUGAGACAGAAGCAAAUGUUGUAUGUAUUUACUUUCUUUCCUCUACCACCUUUACUGUCUGACAGUAGCCAAAUCAACACUAUUGCAGGAGACAAAGUGAUGCACACUGUUUUGUUACAUCCUGAGGUGAGAAGAGUAGGGUUAUCCCCUCUUCUCUCUACAAGGUCAAGGUCAUCCAAAAUUACCCAUUGAUUCACUGUCCUGGAAAUAUUUUAAAUGCUAUUUCAGUAGAUUCCCAAAGUAUUACAUCAUCCCUUGAGAUGACAACAGGCUGGUAGAAAAAAAAAAACAGUGGAAGAAGUGAAAGUUCCAAGUAGUCAGCCUUUCAUAGCUAUGUUUUUUUUGCCUAGGAAACCUCAUCCAUUUCCCCUGCUUUAGCCGCCGCAUAUAUGCUUAUGACGCCCAAAUCUAUUAUCGACACAACACCUCUCCUCUAAACUCCAGACCCCAACUCCAACUAUGUAGUGAACAUCUUCACCUGAAUUUCUUAGGCACCUCAAACUAGAUAAGACCAAAUAAAUGUGAGCCUGUCUUACCUUUUCCCAGAACUUGCUCUUUUCCUCUUCCCCUUUCUCAUCUACCUCCUCAUCCAAACUAGAAACCUGGAUGUCAUCUUUGACUCUUUCCUCGACUCUACUCGUAACUCGGGUCAGCCUCAGUGCUCACACUUUACUCCAUCCUCUUCAUCCUGUCACUGCCAGGUUCUGAUCAUCACUUGCUUGGACUAUUCCCAUGGCCUUCUAACUGGCCUGUCUCCACCAGCCUUGGACCCCUCAAAUCCGUCCUCUGCGCUGCUGCCAGAGAGCUCUUUCUUGAAUUCAAAUCUCAUGUGUCUCUUAAAACGCUUUAUGGCUUCCCACUGCCGAGAGCAGCAUGGUGCUAUCAGGUACUUCAGCGGGCAGUUUACCUGCUUCUCCGGCCUCAUCUUUUCCCUUCUACCUUCUGUUGCCUUUGCACCUUACACUCCAGCAGGAGUGAAUUGUAAUUCUGGAGAAACCCCUAGUAAGCCUUCCGCAUCCAUGCCUGUGCCAUGUCCUAGAAUUAUCUAUAUCCUGAUCUCCAUUCCUCUGUUCCCGAACUGCCUGAUAAACUCCUUCCUCUACAUUAUGUCAAAUCCUCUUGGUAGGUCAUUUUUGCCAAUCUAGACAAGUUUAAUCGCUCCUUCCUUUAUUUCUAUGCAUACAUGCAGCAUAUAGAAGAACACACCGAAGCCACCCCUUACACAUUAUUACGAAUACUUAUUUACACUUCUGCCUCCCCAGAUUGUCACUUAUUAAAGGCACAGGCCAUUUUGUAUUCAGUUUUAUAACCCUAAUGCCUAGCAUGGUAUCUAGUAUACUGUACACUCAAAAAAUACUAGCUAUUGAAGAGGAUUCUAAAAUUUAUUCAGUUACAUAAAAAGAGCACCACUACACUGAGACUUAUUUAUCCUACAAAAUCAAAACUACCAAGAGGUAUCACCUCACACCAGUCAGAAUGGCCAUCAUCAAAAAAUCUUCAAACAAUAAAUGCUGGAGAGGGUGUGGAGAAAAGGGAACCCUCUUGCACUGUUGGUUGGAAUGUAAAUUGGUACAGCCACUAUGGCGAACAGUAUGGAGGUUCCUUAAGAAACAAAACAAUAGAGCUACCAUAUGAUCCAGCAAUCCCACUCCUGGGUAUAUAUCCGGAGAAAACGGUAAUUUGAAAAGAUACAUGCACUGCAGUGUUCACUGCAGCACUAUUUACAAUAGCCAUGACAUGGAGGCAACCUAAAUGACCAGCGACAGGAAUGGGUAAAGAAGAUGUAAAUAUAUACACAAUGGACUAUUACUCAGCCAUAAAAACGAAUGAAAUAAUGCCAUUUGCAACAACAUGGAUGGACACAGAAAUUAUAUACUAAGUGAAGACAGAGAAAGACAAAUAUAUGGUAUCACUUAUAUGUGGAAUCUAAAAAAAUGGUACAAAUGAGCUUAUUUACAGAACAGAAAUAGAGUCACAGAUGUAGAACACAAACAUAGUUAUCGGGGGGAAAAGGGGAGGGAUAAACUGGGACACUGGGGUUGACAUAUACACACUACUAUGUAUAAAAUAGGUAACUAAUAAGGGCCUACUGUAUAGCACAGGGAACUCAAUACUCUGUAAUGACCUAUAUGGGAAAAGAGUCUAAAAACGAGUGGAUGUAUGUAUAACUGAUUCACUUUGCUGUACAGCAGAAACUAGCACAACAUAAAUCAACUACACGCCAAUAAAAAAUUAAUUAAAAAGAAAUCCAAAGAUCUUCACUCAGAAAAAAAUUCAAAAACUAAGCUCAAAACACCACAACUGCUCAGUACUAUUAGAUCCAUUCUGUGGGGAAAGCUAUAAAGUGCUAUACAACUGGCUACUGGUAUUGGUAUUAUGGCUGUGGUUUGUAUACACACGCACUUUUAGGUACAUGUCUUAUCUACUCCCCCAAUGAGACAGAAGUACAAUCUGUGUCUUUCAUACUGAUCUGCUUCCCUGCGUCAUUCCCCACACAGUGUCUGCUCAACAGACAUACAAUCCCGGUUAUAAUAAUAAUGGUGAAGUUGACAAGGAGCCUGUAUUAAUGGAAAGAAUACUAGCCAGCAGCAAGGACCCUGGAGUAGUGUGAUAAAAAGUAAAAAAAAAAAGAGAAGUCCCUGCCCUUAAUGAGCUUAUAUAUAAAUGAGAAGUAACAUGAGGAAGUAACAAUUUUGAGGAGCUAUUAUGUAUAAGACCCUGAUUUUGGCACGAUAUAAAUUAUUCAGUCCACACAAAAACUCUGAGAUACAAUCAUUAUUGUCUCUAUUUUAUAGUACUCUAAAUGGCAAGUGUUUCUAUGUCAUAUUUGAAAUAAGCUUAAAAACUCAUACUCAAAAUUUUAUAUGUCCAUCCCAGUGAUCUUCAGACAAAUGCACAAUAUAAAGAUUUUUUUUAAACUAUAGUUUUAGGGACUUCCCUGGUGGUGUAGUGGUUAAGAAUCCGCCUGCCAAUGCAGGGGACACGGGUUUGAGCCCUGGUCCAGGAAGAUCCCACAUGCCGUGGAGCAACUAAGCCUGUGCAUCACAACUACUGAGCCUGCGCUCUAGAGCCACAACUGCUGAGCCUGCGUGCCAUAACUACUGAAGCCCGUGCUCCACAACAGGGAAGCCACCGCAAUGAGAAGCCUGCACGUUGCAAUGAAGAGUAGCCCCUGCUUGCCGCAACUAGAGCAAGCCUGUGCAGCAGCGAAGACCCAAUGCGUCCAAAAGUAAAUAAAUAAAUUUAUUAAAAAUAUAAUUUAAAAAUAAGACUAUAGUUUAAUAGCUUUGCAGCAAAGGCAGUAAAAUGCAGUGAAUUAGAGUUCCUGCUCUAGAGUCAAGACUGCCUGGCAUGCCCUCCUGGCGUGCCAUCCAGGCUCUGCCUCAUAUGACCUGUGUUUUCUUGGUUACUUUAUUACUCCCUCAGAACUUCAGUUUUUGCCUCUGUGAAAUAGAGUAUAAUACUCUAUUUUAUAGGAUGAAUGUGAAGAUUAAAUGAUAUACCUGUAAAACCCUUAAUAAAGAUUUAAUAAUACCAAUACUAGUAAAUUCAUAGCAAUAAAAGCUAAAUUUAAAAAAAAGUACAAAAAGAGAAAACAUUACUUACAGAAGCCAGUAAUCUUCCAUCUUCCUUCAUAGCAAGGUAACGGUUCGCACACACUCCUUUGAUAGACACAACCCCUCUCUCUUCUGCUUGAAGUUGUAGUUUGACUAUAAGUAAUGGAGAAAAAAUUACCUUUGUAGCAUCAUAGAAAAAAGAGGCAUCUACACGUUUAUACAACAUGCAGGGUAAAGACAAGAGGCACUUGUGCAUCCAGCCAAGGAGCUGGGGGACAGGGGCCAGAUGUCAAUUAAAUUCUGUUAGAAUGAGAGGCAGACCCACUAAAGUAUGAAUGCCUCUUGACUCCCUUCUUAAUCCAGUGUCAGUGAGCGGAUAAGUGACAGAUGGAGAAUUUUUUUCCCUUCAUGUGUAAUUAGCCUCCACUUGGCCCUGUUAACUACUUAGAUUUUUUUUUAAUGAACAUAUUUUAAGAGUACAUAAAUAUAUAAACUACUUAUGAGAAUUUCCACACUACUGCCUAACUUUAAACUCUUUAAAAGUUAUUUUAACCAAUUCUUCACAAAUAAGAUAUAAUUGCUCACCAUUAUCUUUUGGUUUGUAUUUCCUUGAGUUUCCUCACAUUUCUAGCUUCCCCUUCAGUACAAUACCAAAUGCAUUUAUCUUUCUUUAUGGAGGGAUUGUGAUGUAUAGUUUUUUUUUUUU